UCUAGUACUAGCUAGCUAGCCUGCAGGCCUGAAGUACUAAACAUGGCUUUCCUUUGCCUAAUUAUUCUUCUACCUUUGUUAGCUAUGUCAAUGGAGAGCACCACCAUCACCAACCACACUAAACCUGGCUGCCAACCGAAAUGCGGAAACAUGACUGUUCCUUUCCCAUUCGGGAUUGGUAUAGGUGCCGGUUGCUCCAUAAACCGUAAAUUCGCCAUCAGGUGCGAUACCUCAUUCGAUCCUCCAAUUGCAUAUCUCAACACUGGAGGUAUGGAGGUCCUUGACAUAUCAACUAGCCAAAUACGUGUCAGAAACACCUUCACAGGCAGCUGUUAUGAACAAAAUGGCGAACUAGCUGAACGGAAAACUAUGAGAAUCGACACAGGAGUGCCAUUUUUCACCUUAUCUGAUAAAGAUAACAGGUUGACACUCGUAGGCUGUGAUGAUUUGGCUUUAGCUUCUGGUCUUUCGUUGUAUGAAGGGCGUAAUUUUAGCAUUGGAUGUAUAACUUCGUGUUCAAGAAGUGUGGAUGUGAGCAAUGGGACUUGUUCUGGGAUUGGUUGCUGUCAAGCAGCCAUCCCUAAGGGACUGAUGACCUUUUGGGGGAUAGUGACUAGCAUGCUUAACCAUACUAAGGUCUGGUCUUUUAACCCUUGUGGCUAUGCUUUCCUUGGUGAGCACGAGAAGUUUACGUUUCGGGGUGCAUCAGACUUAACAGACCCGAAUUUUGUAAGCAGAAUAGUGAAAGAUGUACCUGUUGUGAUUGACUGGCAAAUUGGGAAUCAGAGUUGCAGUGAGGUUAGAAACUCCACUGCCUAUUCAUGUAAGGAACAUAGUCUGUGCAUUGAUUCUGAAAGCGGGCGUGGAGGUUAUCGCUGCAUUUGUGAGGAAGGAUAUGACGGUAAUCCUUACCUUACUCCUGGCUGCCAAGAUAUCGAUGAGUGCGCAAAGAAUCCUUGUGAUGGGAUUUGCAAAAACACUCCAGGAGGAUUUCAGUGUUCCUGUCCAAAAGGAUAUUUUGGAGACGGUCAGAAGGGACGUGGUUGCCAGAAGGAGCGUGAUCUCCCUAUCUUGAAGUUAUCUCUUGGUUUAGGUCUUGGAUUAUUGUCACUACUGGUUAGUGUCAGUUGGAUAUAUUUCGGUAUAAAAAGGAGAAAAAUUUUAAAAUUACGGGAGAAGUUCUUCGAGCAAAAUGGUGGUAUGCUAUUAAAGCAGCAGACAUCGUCGAAUUUAAAUAAGGUGUUUACCGUUGAAGAGCUUAAAAAAGCCACCAACAACUUUGCUAAAGAUCGCAUCCUUGGAGUAGGUGGAAAUGGCAUAGUUUACAAAGGGAUUCUACCAGAUCAACGCAUAGUUGCAAUCAAGAAGUCUAAACAGCUUGAGCAAAACCAAAUAGAAGAGUUUAUAAAUGAGGUGGUAAUACUCACUCAAAUUAACCACAGGAAUGUGGUGAAACUAUUGGGUUGUUGCUUAGAGACCGAAGUCCCUUUAUUGGUCUAUGAAUACAUAUCUCAUGGUACCCUUCACCACCAUAUACAUACCAAUGGAGGAAUGCCUUGGCUUUCUUGGCAAAAUCGGUUAAGAAUUGCUGUUGAAUCUGCCGAUGCCUUUAGUUAUCUCCACUAUGCAGCUUCUACACCUAUCCUACAUAGAGACAUCAAGUCAGCAAAUAUACUACUAGAUGACUACUACACAGCAAAGAUUGCUGAUUUUGGGGCUUCAAGGCUAAGACCUUUCGACCAGGCUGAUAUGAGUUCGCUCAUACCAGGAACAUUGGGUUAUCUAGACCCUGAAGGCAUACAAAUGGGAUUGUCAGACAAGAGUGACGUCUACAGUUUUGGUGUAGUUCUUGCUGAGUUAUUAACGGGAAGAGAAGCUAUUGAUCUCACUCUACCCAAUAAAGAAAAGAGCUUAGCUGCAUAUUUCAAAGCUUCUGUGAAGGAGAAUCACUUAUUUCAAAUUCUCCAUCACAGGGUCUUAAAAGAAGGCUCUUUGGAGCAGCUUACUGCCAUUGGUGAGCUUGUGGUUAGAUGUCUUAACACAAAUGGAGAAGAAAGACCUACUAUGAAAGAAGUGGCAACUCAAUUGGAAGGAUUCACUAAAUAUAAUAGUCGUUCUUGGGCUCAUCAUGAUCAAGAAAACAAUCAACUACAAAUGGGAGAAAUGAUCAGUGAACAGGAGGACCUUUAUAGUGUACUAAUGUACACUUCCACCAAUUAUGAUACAUCAUCAAGUGAUCAACAAAGCACUGAAAUUAGCGUGAAACGUGAAAAAGACCCCCUCUUUGAUGACUAAUUAUUGAAAUUCCAUAAAUUAGUGUAUUUGCAUGCUUAUUUGAUCAUUCAUUCAUGCAAAUUAAAAACCUAACAAUUUAAUAGGAUAUUUGUGUUUUUAUGUGA